CCGAUGUCUCAUUUACAUCCCUACGAGCGUAUCACAGUAACCAUUAGCGAUGAUGGUUUGCUCGUGCGUCCACACGAUCCUGAUCCUCACGGUUCUCCAUCUUGUACGCGUGUGUCCUGGAACAAAACUCCCAAAGUCGAACAACUGCCGAACGGUGGGGAGAAUCUAGCUGCAGACUGGUCAGCUAGUGUCGUCAUCUAUGGAAUAAUUGGCAUACUAGAUCUUUUCAAUGCUUCAUACCUGUUGGUUAUAACUGCCAGGCGGCCUGUCGGCAGUCUCCUUGAAGAGACUCACAUCAUAUACGGUGUGAAGGAUGUAUCUGCAAUUCCCUUGGUGAAGGGUCGUGCUCAGCAAGCUUUGACUAACAUAGCAGCUCGCACCACCUCUCUUCGAGAACCAUCCCGGGAUGGCAUCUACCUAUCUAGUGCGGGCGAAUGUGCACACGAGCGACGCUCCUACAGCUCUCAAAGUGAUCUUGUGGAGGGGGAGGGCACACGAGUUGUGGUCCCUACCUCCGAUCUGGAACAAGCACAAGCCACACCAUUUUCCCCAUCUAGAACUUUGACUCCGACUUCUUCUGAGUCUGUCGCAGUUCUCAACAGAAUGGUCUUGUGGACUCGUCUAGCCGGACGCGACUCAGCGACUUCGGUUGAGGGACCCUCUGGUACAUGUAAUCCAACUGCAGUGAAUGCGGAAAAGAAUGACAAGGCAGUCUGCACAGUCCCACGUGCGAAACCUUUAGAGUCGAAAGAAGAGCAGCAUACCGAACUGGAGGACCGAGUAGUCCGUGAAUGUAUUCGCGAGUAUACCAAGGGCUGUAUGUUCUUUUCGUACCGCUGUGAUCUGACGAGGUCGCUUCAGCGCAAACACGAGCAAUCCCUGAAGUGUGCUACGCAGGACAAGCUAUUGGCAAAACUCAAUGCCCUCCCACAAGACCGUCCUGUAGAUCGCUCGGAAUGCAGUACAAACCCUUUAACAUCGGCGCUUCCUCUGUGGAGACGAGUCGAUCGGCAGUUCUGGUGGAAUGAAUACCUCUCCAAACCGUUCACUGAUACCGGCUUGCACUCCUACGUAUUGCCAAUCAUACAGGGAUACUUCCAGGUAGCAAAUUUUCAUUUGCCUGUGAACCCCCAGGACCCAAAUGACUAUUCGAUUUCACCCGUGGAUUAUAUCAUAGCAUCUCGGCGUUCCAGACGCCGAGCUGGGCUCCGUUAUCAGCGGAGAGGUGUAGAUGAUGAAGCUUUCGUCGCUAACUUCGUUGAAACGGAAGCCAUAGUCAAAGUUCAGAGAGACGGCAGUUCCAACGUUUUCAGCUUCGUUCAGAUCCGUGGCUCAAUCCCCCUAUUCUGGAAACAAUUUGGUUAUGGCCUGAAACCUCCACCUGUUCUAGCACCCGAGAGAACCUCAGAGCAGAAUAUGGAUGCCAUGAAACGUCAUUUUCAGAGCACGAUUUCUGUGUACGGACCCCACAUGAUUGUCAACCUUGCCGAACAAAACGGGAAGGAGGGAACAUUGUGCGGGGCUUAUAAGGCCUACGUAAAUCAACUGAAUAGAAAUAGCGUUAGCUACUGUGAAUUUGACUUUCACCAUGAGACCAGAGGGAUGAAGUACGAACGACUAUCGACCCUGGUUGAUCGCCUAGAACGGACGUUUGAAAGUCAAGGGUACUUCUGGCUUUCUGAUGACAUGCUACUUUCGGAGCAGAAAGGAGUGUUCCGAGUGAAUUGUAUUGAUUGUUUGGACCGAACCAAUGUUGUACAGUCUACAUUCGCCCGACACGUGCUAGAGAUGCAACUGGGUGCCGUAGGCCUUAUCAUCCCGACACAAGGGGGAAAAUCAGAAGUUGACGUUAUCUUUAAUAACGUAUGGGCGAACAACGGGGAUGCCAUAAGUCGUGCCUAUUCGGGCACGUCAGCUCUCAAGGGCGAUUUUACGAGAACCGGAAAGAGAGACAUCGGAGGUCUUCUAAAUGAUGGCGUUAACUCUCUCACGAGAUUAUAUAGCUCCACGUUUAGUGACUGGUUCUGUCAGGCUGUGAUAGAUUUCAUGCUUGGACACAGAACCCUCUCCGUUUUCACCGAAUUUCUACUGAAGCUGCAAUCCACAGACCCAGGAGAGCUUAUGCGUCUGUCAAGGAUUCGUGCGGAUGCUAUUGCAACAUCGGUUUCCCUUCUCCUGGAAGAAGGCGAGACGUUAUUUUCUGGAUGGACCGUUUUCUCGCCAGGAGCGCUAAGUGUCAAACUCAGUAACAGAUUCGAGGAGAAAGUGUUAUUACUGAGUGCUCGUGCUCUCUAUAUCGUUAGCUAUGAUUAUGCGCUGGACAAAGUCAAGCUACAUACUCGGGUGCCACUUGAAAUGAUUGUCCGGGUUGCGAAAGGGGCAUAUAUCAUCUCUUCACUUGAAGAAGGAAGUCGUGAUCCUAUUCAGAACGCUGGUUUCAUGGUAUCUUGGCUCAGUGCGGACCAAUGUAGCUCGCAGAAAAUGACAUCCCCAUAUAUGCUCAGCCCAACCCAGCUACCGUCAUUAGAGAGUAGUCAAAGGACAAGUGUCAUACGACGUGUGUGCUCUGCCCUCAAAAACAACGCGCCCAAAUCGAAUGCAGCAUUAACAAAUCCGCCACGUUCUCGCGUAGUUGGGGAUGUCUUUGCCGCGUUCAAGGUUCUGCCGAUCGACCCCACCCGUAUCGAGGGAGAGUCCACCAUGACAUAUGGUGAGCUUACGGAUGACCUUGCCGGUGCCACUACAUGCAAGGAAGUAGUCGACUUGAUGGUCGACGCCAUCAGGAGGGCUUGUUGCAAGGUUGGUGCUGGAUCACACGAGGACUUCGUCAUCGAAGAGGACGUGGUGAGUUUAGAGGAUGCGAAAAGAGCAACUAGUAUGUAUUCUAAAAUGGAGUACGGCAUGAAGAGGUUGCUAUGGCUCGGAGGUUAACGUUGGGCAUGGGGGUGCUUGGUAUUCCACUAUUGUCCGCAUCUUACAUGAAAAAAGGUCGAUAUUAUGAAAGAAGUGCUUGUGCAUCGGUUCGAUGAAAUGACGGUAUAUAUCCUAGAGGUUGUGAGUACAAAAAAACGCAAAUAGUCCCAAGAUAAAUGC